ACGAAGAAGAAGCAGCAGAAGAAGACGAAGAAGAAGAAGCAGCAGCAGCAGACAUGCGCAUUAGAGCGAGCCGCUGUGAAUAUUAGCCCUUGACAUUAGCCGAGUCGUAGUUAUUUGUUAUUUGUAGUUAUACUUGUAGUCGUAGUUAUACUGUUAUUUGUUGACAUAGUGGCGUUUAAAAUGUCUAACUCUGCCUGGUCAGACACAGUGCUCCAGCUGCUCCGCCGCAUGAAUAACUUUUAUUUACCAGGCUCCUCUCGCACCAGCUGCUUUAGGUUUGAGAUAGCCGGAGCACAAGUAGGGUGGAUUCCCCCCCAUGUAGCCUCGCUGCUGACGCGGUUCCCGGAGGUGUUCAGUCCGCCACACGGCGGCGCUGUGGCACCGUGUCCCAGUCUGGACUCGUACGGGCGGAGAUCUGAGGCGGUGGACGCCGUCCUGCAAACUCUGAGACAAGAGGGCUCCCUCGCCUGCCUCAAAGGCUGGAGAGAUGAGAAGUACAGCGUGAUGCCGUCGUUCUCCGACCCUCCUGUGAUGUGGAUGGAAAGAGCGGCUACAAGUCUUUUCGGGGUGAAGCGGUAUGGAGUCCACCUCAACGGGUACACUGUCAGCGACAGCGGGGAAGUCAGCAUGUGGCUGGCUCGACGCUCCGCCACUAAGCAGACGUUCCCUGGACUACUGGACAACGUGGCGGCGGGCGGUCUGGCCGCCGGCGUUGGCAUCAAACACACUCUGGUCAAAGAGUGUCAGGAGGAAGCGUGUAUCCCAGCAGCCAUUGCAGAGAAGGCUCAUCCCGUAACCACAGUAAGCUACACCUACGAGGACGGAGAGGGCGUGUUUGCAGAGAGUCAGUUCGUCUUUGAUUUGGAGCUUCCUCCAGAGUUUAAGCCCAGAGUCGGGGAUGGAGAGGUGCAGGACUUCUACCUGCUGCCCAUCGAGAAGGUGAAGGAACUGCUGGCUACUGACGACUUCAAGCCCAACUGCGCCAUGGUGGUCCUGGACUUCCUCAUCAGACACUCGUUUAUUGAGCCGGACACAGAGCCGUGCUAUCAGGAAUUUGUGGCAGGACUCCAUCAGACAUUAUAGAGCGAAGCCGAGGACGGAGCCCUCCUCUGGGGGGGCCGCUUGUGCAAAGAUAGACCUCAGACCGUCUAAAAUGUCCAAUUCUUUACCAUCUUCAGACGUUUGCAGUUGCUCUACAGAGGAAAACCGGUUCUUUAGAGUCCAGGUGGAUCUUCCUCCGCAGCUCGUAUUCAGGUGUCGGCCGCAUCACUCCUCUCUUCGGCCUCCCGGACUCUGUUUGUUCAGCUGAUUUGGUCUCGAAUCCCUUUCAGCUGCAGACUGUUGUCUUUCCUGCACUCGUCCGUUCUUUCAGCGCGAGGCCCAGCUUCACCUUGUCUGCUUGCAUGUCUCCGUGUCCUUCAAGUAACUCGCCUGACUUCUCAUUCCUUCCUUUAGGCUUUUUUGAGGCCCACAGACCUGAAUCGAGUCGAUGCGGGCUUCCCCCCAACCCAGAAAUCCCUGUCCUGGUUGUUUGGUAACUCAAAAAGUACAACAGUUAUUUCUAAGUUAUCAAUAAGAAAAGUCAUAGCUCCCAUCUACUGAGAAUUGAACACAAUUAAAAUAUCGAUCACCAGAAGAUCGCCAGGAGACGGAGCACAAAGGCACCAGUCCGUCUCUGGUGUUCAGUCUGUCUCUCGUCCAGCUGUCUGUGAACACGACACCACACCUGCUCUGAAGAGCUGCUGGACCUUUGAGAUCAAGAAUAAACUUUUCAAGUCAUUUAUAUUAUUUUAAGAUGAUUCAAUCUUAUAUUUUGCCAACCUCCUUUUACUGUACAGGACAUUAUUAAACUUGUUUCAAGGUAA